UGUAGUUGACGAUUGCAGCACUUCCGGUUUGACUCGAAACGCACAUGUAAAGUCAAAUCUCAAUAUUCAGAAACAGUUUAUGACAUUGUGGUUGAAAUCAUGAAUGGACGGAAGGAUAAUUCAGCAUAUGGGGCAUAUGCUCCAUACUCAGAUCAAGACAUCAAUGUCCCAGUGACUGCAGGACAGGGAGCCAUGGUGUCACCAUACCUAAAUUUUAACCCAGCAUAUGUCCAGAAUCCGGAAUCUCAGUAUAUUUAUCCAGAGGGAGCCACUGGUCAGCGAGGAAUGUGGGAGAAGAGCUUUUCUAUUAUUGGUUACAGUGUCCUAUCAGGUGGAUCAUUAGGAGCUAUGAAUGGAUUAUACAGAUAUAGGAAAGAAUUAUUAUUAAGAGCGGCAGAAGGAGGACCUAAGCCACCAGCAUUUACAGAGUAUUUCAGAGGCACCUCUUAUAAAGUUUUAAGAAAGCAAGCAUUAACAGCUAUAGCAAAACAAAGUGCAUCAGGGGGACAGUCAUUUGGAAUUAUGGCUCUUUGGUAUACACUGGCCCAUCUAUUGAUCAAUAAAUCUACAGGAUCAGACAGCAAGUGGCACUGUAUCCCAGCGGGACUGACCGCCGGAAUGUUGUAUCAGCUACCUGAACAGCUGCUGCAAAAGGAUGGUGCUGAGGGAAAAGCCUUCAAUCGACAGAUACCAUUUAUUAAUAAAACCAUAACUUACACUAAAAUUCCUCCACUCGUGAAAGGUGUGGGAAUCGGACUCGUUCCAGCCAUGAUCGUGGGAUUCGCUUCAGUCAUUGGAUUAGGAGAUUUAGUGUCAUGAUUCUUGUGUCCACAAGUUUAAAUUUUAACAUUAUAAACACCAAAACAUGAACAAUACAUGUAUGUGUGACAUUGUGAACAAUUAUGUGAUCAUUUCGGACAUGAAACACGUGAAAUGCGGAUUUCACACUAGAAUGAUUUUUUGGCAACAGUAAUGUUUUGUUUUUUUUUACUAUGGGGUUCAAUAUCCCAACUGAUAUAAAAGAUUUGAGAUACCAUUCUACAUAAUAUAUUUGAUAUUACUACAAUUGCACUAAUAGGACUGAUUUUAAUCAUGACAUUCAUGUGGUUCAUGCAAACUUGAUACAAAUAAUAACUAGCAAGCAGUGCUUAGUCAGAAAGUUUACCUAUCAUCUGAUAGGAAAUCAGUUGUUUUAUUUUCAGCCAUACUUUAGCAUACAUGCUGAAAUCCUGUAUGGACAUGAUGAGCAUAGUUAGUGACUCCCUCCUGACUAAAUAUAGAGUGUAAUUUGUUCAAGUAUUUAAGUUUAUUUGUGGAUAUUGAUAACCACUUGUAAACAGGGAAGUGAUCAAUCUACCCAUCAUGAUUCAUGGAUCAUCAUUUUUACUUUAUUUUGUUGGAGGGCCUGUACGGUACAACUGAUCAGGACUGCCUGCCCUGAUUUUUGAUGUGACAGAUUUAUUGUUGCUAGAACAGCAAUAAAUACAUUCAUAAACCAAU